AUGGACAAGGUUUGGACCCCCGCCUAUCACGGAGAGGAUGGAACCAGCAUUUCCAACACGUCAGCUCUGUACUCUGAUGCUUCUGGCAAUCUCAAGUUGAGAAUGCAUUGCAGGGAGGAGGUGUUCGACGUGAUGUGGACGCAUGACAAGUACGAGGUGAAGAUUGAUGACCACGUCUUCACUGGACGUUACCUUUCAGAACUAACGGCUGACAUCAAUCGGGUUUAUCAAGGCGAUGAUGGUAUCGCAACGAGUCCACGAAGAUGCAAGUCACUAAUUUACAGUCAGGAUUUGGUUAAUUUUGCUGGAAAGAUGAAACUGGACAGGUUGCCGUCUGCUGUGCUUGAUGAUAGCCUCGGCAAGGGGUCAUUUGGUGAGGUUGUACUCGGUGAAUACUUGCUGGCUAAAAGAAAUCCAUUCUGCUUGUGCGACGGCUUAGUAAUUCAUGCUUUUCAGACAGCCCCUAACGGAAGGUCAAAGGUAGCAAUCAAACGCGUGCCCCAGGCUUCCAUCCACGCCUUGGUCGAUGCGAUGGAAGUUGUCGUGCUGUACGAGCUUACAAAGACUCACAGUGACAGCAUCAUUCAGCUGAUUGGUUGGUACCUGGACACGGAUGCUUUGUGCAUUGUGACAGAAUACGCGCCUGGUGGUUGCCUUGCAAACUACCUGGCAGGAUUGUAUAGCAGCAGUGAUCCUCUUCAACAGGGGGAAUUUCGUGGAUUCGCCAAAGAUAUUGCGACUGGAAUGCGAGUUCUCGAGCAGGAGCAAAUUCAGCACAGAGAUCUGGCUGCACGCAACAUCCUCCUUGACGCGAAUAAGAAACUAAAGAUCGCCGACUUUGGACUUAGUCGUCCACAGGGCUCGCACUUCACGUCUGGCGUCAUUGCCAUUAAGUGGGCUGCCAUGGAGGUGAUUGAGGAUGGCAGCAAGUACACCCUCUCCUCCGACGUGUGGUCGUAUGGCGUGGUGUUGUGGGAGAUCUACAGUGUGGGUUACACGCCAUACAAUGACAUCGAAAAUGCGCAAUUGCUGGAGUAUUUGAAGGCAGGACACCGUCUUGAGCGACCACUUGAUACUCCGGAUGAUAUGUACUCAAUGAUGACGAAUUGCUGGAAGGAGGAGCCAUCAGAGAGACCUACCUUCCAUGACAUCUACAAUCAUUUGACGGGAAGCGUCUGUACUACAGAAGGCCCGCCUCCACCAUUGCCCCCACGGCUCGCGCCAUCACUUUCAAACAGUUGUGUCUGA